AUUCGGUAUAAGUUGAAGUGUGGGAAAGGCCUAGACAGGAACUUGAAAAACCUCAUGCCUUCCCCGGCCAAAUCAUCAUCGAACAGCAGCAUCACCAGCCUUUCUGAAGGAUCUUGCGAAAGCAACUAAAAGACGAACAGCUAUUUCCGACUGCCCGCUACGUCUUGAAUAACCAUGCCACCGCCGCCCGCUGCUGCGGUUGCUGCCCGUAAGCUAAUUGGCUUGCUCGAGCCACUCCUAGACGGUCCAGACAACGCCAAGGGCAGCGGGGCGGCCACGCAGCCGCCGGGACCGGGUGUUCGGGACAUCUUGUCCGCCAUUCAGGACCUUGUCCCGGCGCUCUCCCCGGGCAGUCCCCUUUUUGCGACCUUCCACAAUGGCCAGGUCCACGAUCCGCUCGGCGGCGGCUCCUAUGCCUUCCGGGACGAUGUCGUGGGCCCUCUGAUAUCCGCUCUCGUCCACGACGAGACUCUUGCGGGCGAGCUGAGCGGCGACACCAUCGCGACUGCCGGAUCAGGGCAAGCGCGUCAUGCCCGCAUUCCCACCCGUCCCAUCGUCAUCCAUGCCGGCCUGCAGCCAAACAACUCGCCACAUGUCGGCACCCUGAUCGUCUUUUGUUACGCCUUCGCGGUAGCCGGUGCGAUCCGGGAUCGAAUGCACACGGCCGCAGCUAGCACGGGGGUGGGAUCCGCGCCGGUGACGGCGCCGCCGGUCUCGGUCGAGAUUACAUUUGUCGACACCGCGCCAGUCGAGGGCCAGGGGGAGGUGAUAGACGGCGUGCAUUACCAGCGGUCGCACAGAGACGUGCCCAAGGCACUCCAAACAUACAUGGCCGACUAUGACGAGGUGCUCCAUCUCCUAUCCACCUGGUCGGGCAUCCCCUACACUGUCCGCUUCCAAUCCGACUUCUUCGCCGGCCCCACAAUUCCCUCCAUCCUCCGCUACAUCAUCGAGCACCACGAGCUGCUCGGCCAGCAGCUCUCGCCCAAGCACGGCACGCUGGCCCUCCGCGCCGCAUGUCCCGUUCCCGGCUGCCGCCUGGCAGACAAGCACGGCCGGCGCAACGUGUACACCAAGCCGAGCAGCGGCGGCCAACAGUCCGACGCGGGCACCAUCACCUUCCACUGCCCGCACCACGGCCCGCACGUCGUGCGACUCAGCCGCCCGGACGAGGUCGCGCGCCUCGAGGCCAACGCACCCGCGCGCAACCUCAUCCGCAGCAUGAGCCACCUGCUGGACACCCGCACGCACCACGUGCGCGUCACGGGCGCCGACUACGCCGGCAUGUACCAGGAGGCGUUCCUGUACCGGCCGCUGGCGGCGUGGGCGGCGUGGGCGGCGGCAUCCACAUCCACAUCCACAUCCACAUCCACAUCCACGGCCACGGCCACGGCCGCGGCAGUGGCGGGGCGCACGCCGCACAUCCUGUACGCGCCGCUGGUGGUGGACUGGAGCGGGGCCAAGCUGUCCAAGGCGCUGUACGUGCGCGGCGGCGGGUACGCGGCGAUGGAGCUGCUGGGGUCGGGCGGGCUGUGCAGCUUCGCGCUGCUGCGCGGCCGGUUCGGCGGCGACGGGGCCGCGGGGCUGCGGCGGAUCUGGGAGGAGGUCGGGCGGUGGCUGGCGGACCCGCGCAAGCUGUUCCGCGCGUACUCGGUCGAGUAUCUGCAGCGGGUGGUCUUGGAGGGCGGGAAGUGGGAGUAGGACGGGAUGAUUGAGACAGGCUAUGGUUUGAGUGGGUGUCAGAUAGAGCAGGACACUAACAGGGCAUAAUUGUUGUAACUGCCUCACUUUGCCCUGCUUCCGAGUCAAAGAGAAGGAUCUUGUUGGUUUACACUGAAACAUCAGCGAGCGGUCCGAGGGUUUGAGGCUAGGCGGUAGCGGUAACGGUCAGUUUAAGUCAAAGAAUAUCAAUUAGACUUGUGCAUUCCUGCCUGUUCCUUAGUUGGGUUAGGAAUGAUGAUUAUUUCAGUUUUUUUGUGCCGAAUUAUGUGUGAAA